AAGAACAUCUACACUGCCUGACUGUUACUUCUGGACCUUCAAGGAGACAAAAGGACAACAAAAGUGUUAGCUUCUGACAGGUUUAUCUCUAUGUUUGACGGAUAUUUCAAAGGUGUUAAUAUGAGAUUUGUUUAUUUUUAUUUAGUCCUGCUGUGCGGAAUUAGCGGGCAAGUUAUUAACACCGCGGGAUCUCCACAUCUGCAGCAACAAUCCGACUUUGGUUUAUCUGAUGUAAUAAAACACAACUCGUCGUCCAGUGUCCACAGAGUGCGGCGGAAACGGUUCAUUAGUCAGAGCGACAUGGUGGCCAUCCUGGAUUAUCACAACCAAGUCAGAGCCAGCGUCUUCCCACCUGCUGCAAACAUGGAGUAUAUGGUAUGGGACAAUGAUUUGGCCAGGAUGGCUGAAGCUUGGGCUGCUACUUGUAUGUGGGCACACGGACCAGCUUACCUGCUGCAGUUCUAUGGACAGAACUUGUCUGUCAGGACAGGGGGAUAUCAGUCUAUCCUGCAGCUGGUUAAACCUUGGUAUGAUGAAGUCAAUGACUACGUGUUCCCCUACCCUCGCUUCUGCAAUCCCAGCUGCCCUCUGCUCUGCUACGGGCCCAUGUGCACACACUACACACAGAUGGUGUGGGCAACCACCAACAGAGUGGGCUGUGCAGUGCAGACCUGCUACAACAUGUUUGUGUGGGGAGUUCUUUGGAGAGAGGCCACCUUCCUCGUCUGCAACUACUCACCUAAAGGAAACUGGAUAGGAGAGGCUCCAUAUAGAGUGGGGAUUCCUUGUUCAGCCUGUCCAUCCAGCUAUGGAGGUACCUGCAGCAACAAUAUGUGCUUUCCAGCUGUCCAGUCCAACUUCAUGUACUGGUUCAAGUGAGGAAUGAGGGAAAUGCUGGCUAUGCUUUGGAAAUGAUGUAUUAUAGUGCCUGUAACUGGAUUACAAAAUAUGGAAAUUAUUGUUUGUUAAAAUGACAAAAUGACUGUUCUGACAAAAUUACAUUUAGAAUGGAUAUUGAAAUGUGGUGAAUUACACUUAUAAAUUGCAGCCAUGGCCCAUUGUAGAGAGCACAUAUUGCAGGGGACACAUUCUUCAUGUUUAAAUAUGUAAGCAAUCAAAUAAUAAUUUUAUUAUAAUUGUGAUUAUUAAUAAUCAUUAUGCAUUAACAUGAUCUGCACAGUCUGAGAUAGCAGUGCUCUGUUAUGUAUAGUACAAUGCACCCAGCUAUGUUGGUAGCAUUUAAGCUUUUAAGUUUGAUGGGCAUGUCGCAGGGCCUGACUUUACACAUCUUUAUAUUUCCCCUCAUUUUGACAACAUUUAAAAAUGUUUGGCUCACACCGUCCUGACAAUCCAACAGAUUUUGUAUGUUUCAUUCCUGAAAGAUAGUUUACAUUGUUACUAAUCACUAUACACAUACAAAUUCCAGGCAACAACUGCCGCUCAAUUAUUGUUACCGCUUUAAUGGUGAGGCUAUUCUGUCUGCACAUAUGUGGGGCUUAACAAGGCUGCAGUGCAAUACUGCAGUAGGAGAUGAUGUGGUAUUGUGUGUGUGUGUGUGUGUGUGUGUAUAUAUAUAUAUAUAUAUAUAUAUCUAUGCGCGCGCACACACACACACACACACACACACACACACACACAUAUAUAUAUAUGGUAUAUGUAUGUGAGUAUGUAAACACUGUAUAGAGCCAGGCAUACACGUUUUAUUAUUAUGAUUAUGAUUCAUAUUCUGUUUUCAAUUAAUCUGUGUACAAUCCAUUUGUAUGUAAUUGGCUUUAGGUGCAACUUUAUGAACUCUUAAGCAAAGUUACAUGGAGUGAAGAAGUGGACUAAUAUGAUCAAUGAUUAAUAUGAACUUGACUUGACAUUUAAGAUA